UCACCGUCGAUAGCGAAACCUGUUGCCAGCAGGCCGCCUCACCAUUUCAGCCCGCACCACCUCCUGUUGGCAGCGCACUGCAGACCGCAGCCCUAUCUGACAGUGUCGACGCCAGUGUCGGGCGCCCAGUCGGCCGUCUUCCCGCUCCCAGGCACGUUCCCAUGGGCGCACAGCGGCCGGGGGAAGCCGAGGCGCGGCAUGAUGCGCAGGGCCGUCUUCAGCGACCUGCAGCGCAAGGGGCUGGAGCGGCGCUUCCAGAUCCAGAAGUACAUCAGCAAGCCGGACAGGAAGAAGCUGGCCGAGAAGCUGGGGCUGAAGGAUAGUCAGGUGAAAAUCUGGUUCCAAAACCGACGCAUGAAAUGGCGCAACUCGAAAGAGCGCGAACUGCUCGCGGCCGGUGGAUCGCGCGAACAAACCCUCCCCAACAAGAACAACCCCCACCCCGACCUCAGCGAUGCCGACGGCGAUAAGCCGAAGCUCGAUCUCAACGACGUGCAAGACCUCUCACCCGCCGGUUCGCCUGGCGACCGCCAGAGGGACGCUGCGGUGCGGGUCGGUAACGCAGGUUCCUGCGCUCCCAUGGCCUACCAGAUGUACGACGACAGCUCGAACGACAGCGACGAAGAGAUAAACGUCACCUGAUUCGUCAUCAGGAAGAGGAUGGGUUGAGAGGGCGAGACGGUGUUUUGUUUUGGGUCCGAGUACGUCAUCAGAUCGACGUGGAAUGAACGACAU